AUGGAUGUGAAACAAAUUAAAGCACUUAUUUCUGCCCAGCAUGUUCAAGUCUCCAUUUACCACAAACCUGAACUUAUUCAGCUAGUUAGAGCAGUUGCUUUUGUGGACCUUCCUACUGACCCUGACUUUGAAAGUGAGUUCAUUGAUGAAUGUUUGUUAAGAUGCCUCAUGCUUCCAGUGGGACAAAAAUUUUGGACCCCUUCCAAAUGGCAUCAUUGUCCAGUGUCUUCUCCCAGCUCCCUCCAUUUUGACUAAUGGACAUUUUUAAUCAUCUAAUAAUGAGCAAAACUGAUUAGGAUAAAAGCAUUUUAUCCUCCUGGUGCUCAUUUGAAGAGUGUAAUCUAUGUACGAAUGGCCAUGUUCAGAGCCUUGGAGUAAAUGCUACAAAGGACCUUGAUGGCAGUAUUUUUUUGUGUGUUUGUAGCUGGAGUUAUACCAACUCAGAAAGAAAAAAACUCAAGAAGGCGAUAAACUAUACAGGCUCUGGUUUGUUUUGGACUCAACUGGGUCUGUGUAUUUUGCAUUCUGUAGGUGCCAAGGUGAAGCUGAUCAAGGAUGCAGACAUUUAG